UGUAUGUUACAGGGGUGGCUUGACUUGAUAACCAAAGCUUGAAGGCGCAUCACGGGAUGAGCUUAAACUACGAUUUAGAUCCUGGGUCAAGAAUGAUGCCGGCUUUCGCUCAGCAGACACUCCCAUCGGUGAUCGGGGCUCGCGACACUCAUUCUUUCUAUAUGUUGACGAAGAAGCCUUUGCAGAGCCUUCCCGAGGACGAAGAUCCGAGUCGAAAGACGACACAGACCGAUACAGAUAUGAGACGCCAGCAGCAUGUUAAGAUGGUACAGGCUUGGCAAGAUGUUCCAGAGCCAGAUCCGUUGGACAUUCAAGACCCUGAGGACGAAGAGGAAGAUUGGAUAAAGAUAGAUAUCGCCUCACUACCUUAACAUGUCAUUCUACAUCGAGUUUCAGAAUGGCGAGAACUGGUACCCGCGCUGGUCACCGCCUAGUGUACGCCAGCAUUAAUUUGAGAAAAAAAAAGAGACUUAUUGUUAACAAGUGUGCAACUAUUCGAUUCUACAUAUCCAAUCACAUUAUAAUCGCGGCGCGAGCGUAUACCCUAUGCCUUGAAUACAAACGCUGUAUCUCAGCAAUGCAUUGCCCACUGCAACAAUAUUUGUGACUUUUUCGUUGCACUAUUCUGCCUCAGUUUGGCCAUUUGUAGAAUUCUGAAGAGCUGAUUUGUGCAAGUCAAGGUUAGAGGAAUAGUCACUGUAGCGCACCCACACAGAAGUCGUGGAGCACAGAGUGCCGCCGUCAGGCGAGUGACCUCAAAAUUCGUACCAUCUGGGGCGGCAGGUGACAUCUCUCGCCGGCUUUGGCCAUUGCUCCACCACUGGCAGCGUCAACUUUUGA